GGCAAUAGAAUAUCUGCUAAAGCUUUGGAUUUGGAAAGGUAUAACACAUAAUGUAUAUCACGCCGCUGGUCGGGCCUAGACACAACAUCUGAUCAGCCCGAUACUCUUUGGGUCACCCAUCUUCUGCAGUUGUGAACUUCAGCUAUGCGAUGUUAGCAGAAAGAGGAUAGGCCGAAACCUUUUCAACGGCAUUGAACGCAGCUGUCGUCAUAUAUUAGCUGCCAUGCCAACCUAUACGGAGAGCGGCUCGGAGCGGUUCUGGUUCGAUGCGGUAUCAGCGGUAGUACUGUUUAUGACGGCAAUUGGCGGCGCCUGGCUGCCUAAAUACUUAUGCAACCAUGGUUCCCACGUCAGCAGCGCGAAGAGCCUUGCGUUUCACCUUGGCAACAUGCUCUCCGCGGGAGUCAUGCUCUCCGCUGGCUUCUGUCACCUGCUAGCGGACGCACACCGCUACCUGCUCUUCAUGGGCCGCUUCCCCAUCUCCAACUUCCUAGCGGCAACCGGCUACAUCAUCACGCUGCUGGCGGAUCAGGUGGUCCAACACGUAACGGAGAGCCAGGACGCAGCAGCAUCAUCAGCGGGGGCGAAGACUAGCGGCAGCGGCGCCAACGGCUGCGCUACACCGCUGCAGCGCUGCUCCUCCUCUUCCGCCGCCGCCACCCUGCACGGCAAGCACCUGGACGCCGAGCUAACCGUCCUCGGCAGCAAUAGCAACGCCGCCAGGUCAGCGUCAGAGGGCGUGUUGAGCACUGUCGUACAUCGAGACGGCGCCGCCGCCGCCGCCAAGCUCCGCAGCAGCGGCGUCAGCGACCCGGAGGCUGGGCUGCUGUCCAGCGGCGGUGGCGGCGACGACGGCAGCCGCCUGCCGCUGCUCGCCUCCACCAACUCCCUGUGUGACCGAAGUAGCAGCGGCGGCGGCGGCGUCGGCGUUGCCGGUUACCCCAACCAUCACUACCAUCGACCGCCGCUCUCCGCCUUCGCCCCGGCGAGUGGCAGCAGCGGCGGCAGCAGCAGCGGCGGCGGCGCAGCCGGAGGCGGCGGCGGCCAUGGCCCCGGCGGCGACUGCGCCGCCACGGGCGUGGCGGUGUUGCUGGGCGGCGGCGGGCGCAAGUUGAGUUUUGCGACCGCGGUGUUGCUGGCAAUGGCGCUGUGCAUCCACUCCAUCCUGGAGGGCAUGGCGCUGGGUGCGCAGCAGAGCAUGCGCAGCACGGAGGACAUCAUGGUGGCCAUUGCGGCGCACAAGGGGCUGGCGGCGUACGCGCUGGGGGCCAGCAUCGUGGAGAGCGGGGCGUCGUCCAAGAAGUUCUGGAGCGUCAUCGGCUGCUUCUCCUUCGCCACCCCCGUGGGUAUCUUCCUGGGUUACAGCAUGUCGGCUGCCGGCAGCAGCAAGAGCGGCGCAGCGCUGUCCGCACUCGCCUCCGGCACCUUCCUGUACGUGGCCUUCAUGGAGGUUAUCCCCAAGGAGCUGUCUGACGGGCGGCACCGGGCCGCCAAGAUGGCAGCCCUGCUGCUGGGAUACAGCCUGAUGAGCAUGUUGGCCAUCUGGGCGUGAAGGGGGAGGUGGUGGAGGGUGGCGGAGGAGGGGGCGAUAAUGUAAGAAGUGAAAGAGGAGGGGUUUAGGGGAAGAGGAGGGGUAGGCAGGAUGCAAACCCGCGUUCGUAAGGCGAAGCCGGAGUAGUAGGGGCUGAGGAAGGGAAGGUGCAAGUGGAAAACCAACAAUGCUGACUAGUCGAAGCCACCAAGGCCGACCCAAAUCAGCAAAAAGCCAAAACGCAACCGACGGAUUAGGGUACAAGGGGAGGUAGGAGGGCGUGCUUGGGUACAGUAGACCGCUGCCACAGGUGACUGCUGCUGGCGGUGGUGGUGGGUGUGGCGGCGGUGGCGGUGAGGAGAAUGGGAAGGAGGGUGUUGGUUGGGACGCGGCGGGCACAGCCCUAACAGCGGAGAACCGGAGGAAGCCGUGUUGCUCGGGGUGCGGGCAGGAGGAGGAAGGUAGGGGAGGAGGUGAAGAAAGGUUGAAGCGAGG